AUGGAUGCUAGUGACAAGGUGGAAGCCAAGGCUAGCAGGGCAUCCAGUGUCACCCUUCAAAAAUCCACGCUUAAAACCGAUGUUAGGCAAUCACUGAGCAGAAUCAAAGUUCGAAAACAGUCGUUUGGUUUCCGAGGUGUUCCUGGAAUAAAACCUAUUGAAAGAACUUCGCAGGUUGCAAUAGAAUUCAAACGGCCUAUACCAGUGUAUCUUCCAACAUACCAACUCGAUCCUUACGUCAAAUUUCAUCACGAUGAUGUGUUGGCCAUAGUCGAUGCGACUUUAGAUGAGCUCUGGGUAGGACAUAAGUACCAUGAAAUAGAAUCGCCAAGUUUAGCGAUGAGGUUGGCUGCUGACAUCAUGCACAAAAUAAAAUCAAUACAGUACAACCGGUACAGGAUCAUUUCCGUCGCUACCAUCGGUCAGAAACGGUCACAAAGCUACAAUAACGCCAUAGGAUUCGUAUGGGACACUCAUAGAGACGUAUAUGUCGAGGUGCAUAGAGAAGUCACUACUGCGUUUGUGCAGAUAACCGUUUUUGGAGUGUACCUCGAUUAG